AAGAUGUGUCAAAUUCGACGGAAGUUAAAAUAAAAUUCCGGACACAAAAUAUAUUUUAAUUACUGUUUUAAGUACUAAAACGGUACUCAAACGAUUUAACAACAUUAAAUAUACUUGCUCACUUCCAAAAAAUAUAUUUGAGUGGAUAUUUUCACAAAUAUUCUACAAGAUAUUUUCCAUAUGUCAAACCACUAACGGCACUAACCUAUAAAAGAAUUCCUUGUCGAACCGUGCAAAGCUGUCUUAUUACCUGCGGUAGAUCCCAAAGGCCGAAAAUAACCCAGCAUCCUAGAAAGAAAAAAGAAGUUCCACAUGCGCCCGAGGGCUGCGCCCUCAAUAAGUGACAGUGUUGACAUUUGUCAUCGCAGUUUUUAUUAUUUUUGUAAACAGUGUGAUAUCUUAUAGUUUUUCUUAUGGUAUAUCCUAUUUUAGCGUAAGUUUUAGUUUUUACACUUUCUUAGUUUUAAGCCUGGGUGGAUGCCGACCUCUACACCAGCUACAGGCAGCACGUCUUCACAAGCUGUUCCUUGCAAUCAGUGCCACAAAUCAUUUUCAACAACCCGCGGCCUGAAUAUUCACAUCGGUAAAUGCCACAAAACUAUAAAUCCGUCCAACAUCGCUACAUGCCCACCCGCCUUAGGACUCCAACCCAGCCCGUCAACACCUCAGCAGAACGUGUACAACUUCCAUCUCCACCUCAGCCACCUUAAAAACAACAUUCCUAUAAUUAAAAGAAUUCCGCGAGGUGCAAGAAUCGCCGUAGCAAUCCGGCUAACCGAUGUCAUCAAUACCUGCGUGGAAAGCAAUAGCCUAGAUUCGUGGGAAAACCUACUUACAUUCUCAUUUUCGACUCUUCAUGCUACUUCAGACAAUAACCGACUAACACUUACUCAAAAAAUAAAAAACAACUGUGCUCACCCCCUUAAUCUCCAGACUCCAAUUUAUCAUCAAAAUAACCAUCCUUCUCACCGGUCUUGCAACAUUCUGAAAAAGACUGUAGAGGGAAAAGUGAGCGAUGGUGACCUGAAAGGAGCCGCACGGUUGCUUUUUUCAACCGACGUUCUGUCUGUGGACUCGACUGAAACCCUUUUGGCUCUACGUGACAAACACCCGUCCGCCCCAGCAACACCAUACUUCCUAGAUCCGCCUACAGAACCCAACGUGUGCCUUCAAGUUCAGGAUAAAGACACUAUAAAUGCAAUUCUUUCAUACAAAACAGGUUCUGCAGCGGGUCUCGACGGAUUAUCUCCGCAACACCUAAAAGAUUUGACCUCACACUGCGUCGGCGAUACAGGCAAACGCCUCAUUAUCGCACUUACCAAACUUAUUAACCUCAUGCUUUCUGGAAAAGUCAACCCCCUCUUUAUUCCCAUUAUUUAUGGCGCAAAUCUUAUAGCCCUCACAAAAAAAGAUGGGGGGAUCAGGCCCAUUGCUGUUGGUUCAACAUUUCGGCGUUUAACUUCCAAAAUUUCCGUCCGACACAUACUUUCAAAAUUGCAAAAACAAUUCGAACCGGUACAACUAGGUUUCGGUACUAAAGGUGGGUGCGAAGCCGCUGUCCAUGCCCUCCGCACCUGCCUGAUUAAUGACCAGUGUGAGGUACUCCUGAAAAUUGAUGUCAAAAAUGCCUUCAACUCGCUUAAUAGGGACGCCCUGCUUACAGAAGUCAACAAUCACGCUCCAGAACUUUAUAACUAUUUAUUAAAUUGCUAUGCUAAUCCAUCAAAAUUACUAUACAAAAACCACGAACUUUCCUCCGAAGUUGGCUGUCAGCAGGGCGACCCUCUCGGACCAGCCAUCUUCAGUUUAGCUAUCAAUCCAAUUGUUCAAAACCUAAAUUCAAAAUUUAACGUUUGGUAUUUAGAUGAUGGUACCCUAGGAGGCGAUGUUAACACUGUACUAGCAGACCUUUCGGAAAUAAAAAGUAAAUUUAUGCUAAUUGGCCUGGAAUUAAAUUUCGAGAAGUGCGAAUUAUUUUUAAACCGUUGUAAUCCCGACAUCGUAUCAAAAUUUCAAGCCAUCACCCCUAAUAUAAAAGUAGUAAACAAGGACUCACUAAACCUCCUAGGGUCACCAAUUUUCGAAGAAGCCAUUCCCAGCAUCAUUACAAACGCGAUUACUAAAUUCAAAAACUGCGCCGAUCGCUUGCUCGACGUCAAUUCUCAUUCCGCUCUGACUAUUUUAAAAUCCUGCCUUUUUGUACCAAAAUUUACUUAUUUGCUCCGCUGCUGUCCAUUUUGGAAACACCAAAACUCCUUAACACCGAUUGACAACCUUAUUAGAUCUUCCCUAGAAUCCAUUCUAAAUAUACAACUUAGCGAGCAUUCUUGGAACCAGGCGUCCCUGCCCAUCAGAUUCGGCGGGCUGGCUCAGUUGGUCCUACACGCGCGCGGCUCCUCGCAGCUGCAGAACUAGAAUCCGGCCAGUGGCUGCAUGCCUACCCCUCCCCCCCCACCGGUACAUAUCUAGAGCCGGAUACCCUCCGUUUAGCCGCAAGCCUUAGAUUAGGAGUAAAGGUCUGCGCCCCCCACAGAUGCCCCUGCGGCGCAACCGUCGACGUGCUUGGACACCACGGCCUUUGUUGUCAAUUAAGUGCCGGUCGCCUCUCCAGGCACGCUGCCCUAAACGAUAUCAUCCGCCGAUCUCUUGCUACCGUCAACGCGCCGGCUAUCCUUGAACCAAACGGCGUUUCGAGGGACGAUGGCAAGAGACCGGACGGUAUGACCCUGGUCCCAUGGAAGAUGGGUCGAGUGCUAGUCUGGGACGCCACAUGCGUCGAUACACUGGCACCGUCCCAUCUACCAAGAACUUCGGCCAAGGCUGGGGCAGCUGCCGAGGCGGCUGAAACCAAAAAGGUUUUCAAAUAUCGAAGUCUCGGCCCCCAAUACCACUUUGUGGCGUUUGGAGUCGAGACACUAGGGCCGUGGGGUCCAAGCGCCAAGAUACUUUUUAAGGAAAUGAGUAAAAGGCUCAUAGACUCUACCGGUGACCAGAGAGCUGGCAGCUUUCUCUCGCAGCGCAUUAGUAUUGCCAUUCAGCGAGGGAAUGCUGCCAGCAUCUUUGGCACAAUGCCGCGGGGGCCUUAUUUAGAUGUAUUUUAAUUUAGAUUA